AUGACCGACGAUGAGCUGUCGCGCCUGCGUCGCGUGGCCCAGUCCCUGCUGGCAGAGGGCUCCCGGCGCAGGGAGGAGACCCUGGCCCGCUGGACCUCCUCGGAGCGCCCUGCGCUCAAGGCGCAGGCCGCCAGCCUGAAGGCCAGCGAGGCCCUGCUGCUGAGGACCGUGGAGGGUCUGGAGGCCCGCAUCGCGGCGCGCGCCCGCACCGACCUCAGCGGCCGCCCCGGCGCGGCCAACGCCACCAACGCGGCCGUCUUUUCCGGCUUCAACCCCAUCCAGAGCCGGGCAGGGCCGGACGGCGCGCCCCUGCCCAUCCCCGCGCUCGCCGCGGAGCGGGACCGCCUCCUGGCACUGGUGUCGCGCCUGGAGGCUGACGCAGCGGAGUGCCGCGCGGAGGUGCUGGCCGCCUCGCCCCGUCGGCGUGCCGCAGAGGCCGCCGUCUGGGAGACGCGGCUGGUGGCGCUGGCGGACACGCUGCGCGACAUCUGCAUCUCCGAGAUCCGGGGGACGGCGGUGGUGGAGGCCCGUCCACCCUGCGUGCCGGGGGGUGCGGCCACGCUCGUCCUGGAGGGGCAUGCGCCCAGACCCAAGGCGGUCAGCCUGCCUGGCAGCUCGGGCGCGGGGCCUGGUGCAGCUGGCAGCGGCCCGCAGGCGCCGCUGCCCCCCAUCCCCCCCAAGGCCUCCAAAAGCAAGAUGAUGGCGCUCAAGUUCAUGGCUCGCAUCGGGAGCAAGAAGGAGAAGUACAAGGGCAGCGGCAGUGCAGAGCUGGAGCUCCGACACGACGGCACCCCCCCCAAGAAGUCCAUGAAGUCCCUGGCGUCCAAGCUGCUGGGACGGAAGAGCAAGGGCGGGGCGGGCCCGGACUCCCUUUCCCGCGCCAGUCCGGGCCCUUCCUUGUACCCCGACAGCCUGGACGCACGCAGCUCGGACUAUGACGAGGAGGAGGAGGAGGGGGGCGAGGGCGACGGCAGCCUGGCCAGCACCCCCUCCGGCUCGGGGUCUGAGCUGGACAGGCGCGUGGGCCUGGGCGACACCGCCGCACACCCCGCCGCCCCGCUCACGGCCGAGCUGGUGGGCGAGAAGGGGAGCAAGGUGCCCAACCUGUCCAUCGGCCAGGCGGACGUGGAGGCCAAUGUCUUUCUGCGCCUCAGCUUCAAGUUCACGGAGGCGGAGGGGUGGCAGCCCGGGGACGAGCGCCCCCUCUUCGACGUCCAGCACCUGGAGCACCGGCUGGUGGGGAACAGCGUGCCCAUGCCUGCCAGCCUGAUCCGGGCCAUCCUCAAGACCGCCAUCCCGGGCCUCAUCCAGCGCCGCCUGCAGCUGGUCCUGCCCCGCGAGCUGGGCAGCUACCUGCUGCGCGCCGGGACGGGCGUGGCACUCACGGCCGGCGUGGACUGCGUGGGCCCUGCGCUGGCCACGCUGGACGCCGACCUGGCCUACGAGCUGUGCGGCGUGCGGAGCGCGGGGUGGGCGGCGCUGGCGCGCGCCGAGCCCGCGCUGGGGCCGCUGGACGUGCGCGCUUUCCUGGACGGGCCGCUGGCGGCGGUGCGGCGCAAGCCCGCGCGCCUGCGCGUCGCGCUCUCCUCCCUGGACGCGGCCUUCAACCUGGACGCCGCCAUCGCCGCCGCGCACGCCUACACGCGCCGCGCUCUGGAGGAGCUCUUUGUCAACGGCCCGCUGCCCAACGCCAGCGAGGGCGGCGGGGACGGCGCGACCAAGGAGGCCAUGGACGAGCAGUUUGAGCUGCUGCAGGCCUGGCAUGCCUGGGUCUCCCGCGAGGUGGGCCACUUCAAGUCCAAGUUCAGGGGCGCGGCGGCCACAGUGCUGGGGGCGGCCAACUGCCGCGGCUUCACGCUGGGGGUGGAGAAUGGGGAGUACGAGGGACCCCUCAAGCUGCACCUGCCCGUCAACAUGGAGCUGGACCCCGACGGGGCCUUCUCCUUUGACGCGCCCCUGCCUUCGCCCACCGGCAAGAUCGGGGAGUUCAUGGACAUUUUCAAGGCGCUGACGGUGCCGUCGCACCUGCGUCCGCCGGCCGCCGCCGUCAACUGGGUGCCCCUGAGCGGGGACCCCGCCCUAGACAUGGCCAUGAGGGAGCAGGUGGCCUGCGGCGUCGCCCUCAUCGCCAAGGUCCUGGACAGGCUGGGCGAGGCGGCGCAGCGGGAAGGGAGGCCGGGGAAGGAGGAAAGCGCCGCCACCGCGCUCUCCAACCCGCGCACGCUUCUGGGCGCCAGCCUCGGCCGAUUCAUUGUCAACCGACUGUCGCUGCGCGUGCGUCUGGACGAGCGCCGCAUCGCCGAGAUCCUAGAGGGCAUGGACUCGUCCACCCUGGGCGACCAGUUUGUGCCGACGGCGGGCCGGAUCCUGGGCCACCUGGGGGACGUGGCCGAGAGCUCCGACAUUAGCAGGCUACGGGCCGAGGUCCAGUCCCUGGGCUACCAGAGUGCGAUCUCCCCCGCGGGCGCGGUGCGGCUCGUGCACGCCGUGGGACGCGCUUUCCUCGCCAGCUUCAAGGGCGUGCAGGAGGGCGCGCUGGCGGCCUACACGGCGCGCAUGGAGCGCCUGUACGCCCUCUUCUCCCGCGAGGGCCUGGACCUGUCGGUCUGCUGCAGCGUGCGGGCGGGGGUGGAGGCUGGUGACGCCGUGGCGCGCCUGCGCGGGCGGGCCGACGAGGUGGCGCUGCGCGAGACCUCCCCCCUCCUCCUCACCAUGGACGUGGAUCUGGUCGCGCUGGGGCGGGCGAUGCGGGGCGACCCCUGA